AAUUAUAGAUAAGAGGAAAGGGGAUAUUCUUUCCAUAAAUGGAAACCAAUAAACAGCCAAAACAAGGCGGAGCCACGGUGGUCACCACCGCUAAACCAUCAAGAUUUCACCGGAUCUGUGUCUUCUGUGGAAGUAGCUCCGGCAAGAACCCUAGUUACCGCCUUGCCGCCGUCCAACUCGGCAACCAAUUGGUUGAUAGGAACAUCGAUCUGGUCUACGGAGGAGGAAGCAUCGGGUUAAUGGGCCUUGUUUCCAAAGCUGUCUUUGACGGUGGUCGCCACGUCCUUGGGGUGAUACCUAAAAUGCUUAUGUCGAAAGAGAUCAUCGGAGAAACUGUUGGUGAAGUAAAAGUAGUGUCGAACAUGCACCAGAGGAAAGCUGAGAUGGCACGUCAAGCAGAUGCCUUUAUAGCGUUGCCAGGUAUUAUUUCUAUGAUACGACUAAUUGUUCGGAAAAAAAAUAAGAAGGCAAAUAGUAGGUGUUUAAUUGUUGAAAAUUAUGCAGGUGGUUACGGCACACUUGAGGAACUUCUUGAAGUCAUUACGUGGGCACAACUCGGAAUCCACCAAAAACCAGUAGGAUUACUGAACGUAGACGGAUACUAUAGCUCGUUGUUGUCUUUCAUAGACAAGGCCGUUGAUGAAGGUUUCAUCACCCCUACUGCUCGUCACAUUAUUGUGUCUGCCCAAACUGCACAUGAACUCAUGUCGAAGCUUGAGGAUUACGUUCCGGAGCAGAAUGGGACGGGAUCUAAAUUGAGUUGGGAAAUGGAGCAACAAUUGGGUAAUACCGUAAAGUCAGAUAUUGCCCGUUGACUUAAUCUCAUCCCUCCAAAACCGAACCUAAAAUCAUUAACAACCGUUAGAUUGGCAACCUACCACAAGUUCGUUCUGAUAGCUGACAUCGGAUCCCAAGUCCCCUGGUGUGUGCGGAUUUAUUUAUUCGGUUCAUAUAUAUUUGAUUGUGUUGUGUGAUUUUUGAUAGUCAAAUACAGAUCUUAGGUUU